GUAAACUCGGCAGUGCGUGAGUGUGUGUGUGUGUGUCACCAGGAGGAGGAGGACUAUGCCGCUGCUGUCUGCACGCUCGCCCAGUUAACAUCUUCUUUUUGACGCGUGAAAACAUUUCGGACUCCGCUCUUCUGAACUGAAUCUGGAAUUUUGUGAGAAGAUGGAGCAGGUGGAGGUCCAAGGUUGUGCCAGCAGCGUCCUGUCCUGGGAGCAGGUGAGCCGCCUGAACGAGGUCCUGACCGAGGCCGUUCCCGUUCACGGCCGGGGGAACUUCCCCACGUUGGAGGUGCGCCUUAAGGACAUUGUUGCGCGGGUGCGCUCCCGCCUGGAGCUCAGCAGUAUCACCGUUAAGGAUAUUCGGCUGAACGGCUCCACUGCCAGCCACGUGCUGGUGCAGGACAUCGGUUGGAGCUACAAAGACUUGGACGUCAUCUUCAGGGUGGACCUGCCUCACGAAGCGGAGUUCAAGCACAUAAAAGACGUGGUGCUGGGUACCCUGCUGGACUUCCUGCCGGAAGGCGUGAACAAGGAGAAAAUCACUCCCAUGACUCUCAGAGAGGCUUAUGUCCAGAAGCUGGUGAAGGUCAACACGGAGCAGGACCGCUGGAGCCUCAUCUCCCUCUCCAACAACAAUGGCCGCAACGUGGAGCUGAAGUUUGUGGACACGAUACGUCGGCAGUUUGAGUUCAGCGUGGACUCUUUUCAGAUCGUGCUGGACUCCAUGUUGUCCUUCUAUGACCUGGCGGAGACGCCCAUGUCGUCCACGUUUCACCCGACCGUGACCAGCGAGAGCGUGUACGGGGACUUCAGCAUGGCGCUGGGGCACCUGAGGGAAAAGCUCAUCGCCACCAAGCGUCCAGAGGAGAUCCGCGGUGGGGGUCUCCUGAAGUACUGCAACCUCCUGGUGCGAGAUUUCCAGCCUGCCAACGAGGAGGAGUUCAAGGCCUUGGAGCGCUACAUGUGCUCCCGCUUUUUUAUAGACUUCCCCGACAUCGGCGUGCAGCAGCGCAAGAUCGAGGCUUACCUCCAGAGCCACUUUGUCGGCGAGGAAACCAGCAAGUACGACUACCUCAUCAUCCUGCGGCGCGUGGUCAACGAGAGCACGGUGUGUCUCAUGGGCCACGAGCGCCGGCAGACGCUCCACCUGCUGUCGCUGAUGGCCUUCAGAGUCCUGGCGGAGCAGAACGCCAUCCCCGACGCCUCCUCGGUCACUUGCUACUACCAGCCGGCCCCCUACGUCAGGGACCACAACUUCAGUAACUACUACGUGGCCAAUCAAAACAUUCCAACAUGGCUGCCCUGCAACUGACGAUGCAAGUGAGCGACGGGAUUUUCAUGAGGUCGGGGAAAAGAGAAGGAAUAAGAAAGAAAAACAAAAAAAAAAAUCUCCCAAAAAUGGUGAUUGUGACAACAACGCUGCGUUCCUCUUCAGGCACAAGUGAUUCUAUGAAGUGUUUUGCUUUGUUUCUGGAAUCCUUUCUCAUUCCUUAUCUACAGAGGUGUCCAUUUGAAAAUGAUAUAUAUUUUAAGUGUUCAUUAUUUUUCUCCUUUUUUUUGUGACUCUUUUUGAAGUUUUGUGACAGAAUCUCUUGGUUAACCCCUCCCCCAUAUUUUUUUUAAAUGGGCUCCUUUUUGAAUGUGGGAGUCAGAUUUUGUUUUUCUUCUAGUAUGUAUAUAAAAAAAAUGUGAAAAGAGAAGGAAAAAAUCUUUAAAAAAUGGGUAUAAAAGGGGAUAGGCUCAUGUAAAGGGUGAUUGCCAAACCAAAAAAAAAAAAAAUCUGCACAGGUGUUUGAUGGGAGGGUGGUACACUGUCACAGCGAUGAAAUGCGCACGGAUUUGUUUUUACUCCCGCUAACAUGGGAGCAUCUCUUGCAGUCAUUGGUGCUCUCACUGCCCGAAGUGCCUUUCUGAUGAUGCAAGAGACUGUGUUAAGUUUUUUUUUUUUUUUUUCCCCCACUGUGUAUUUCAGUGCAGGGUAAGCCCCCCCCGGUCCGCCCCGCCGGAUCGCCUGCACUUCUCCGUCGAGCCGCUUUUGACCUCGACUUCCAGGCUUCUUUUUAACUGAAGUUAUCCCUGCUGCUUUUAGCGGAGUCCAAAUCGGUAUGGGUCAUUCUGUGAGGGGUCGAGGUUGACGGUUGCACUCUAAAGAAUGCCUCGGGCCUUGAUGCCUGAAAAAUAAAGAAGCGAGCGUCCUGCCUUUAAAGGAGCAGCACUCGGUCCUGCCCUCCUGACCGAUGCAGGCUUUGACAGCAGCGCUGAAAGGGGAUCCUCCUCUGACGCAGCUCAGCGACUGCCUAUAUUUAUCCCUCUUCCCCUGGAGGAGGAGGAGGGUCUGUGGCUGGAGGGACAGUGCGAGCAGCAGUUUUGUCACCUUACAUGUGCUUGAGCUCCAGCGCUUCCUGGAAGGCUGUGUCUGAAUCCCUUCUGUGGGCAUAGUAUGACACAGCAGGGCGGUCAUGCUCUGAGAAGCGUCCACAUCGGUGCGUGCAGCUCUGCCCUCCCCUCUGUCUUAUUUUCCUCCAAACCUUUGACUUGCUAUUUCCAGCCAGAACUAAUAUUGGCUGUGAGCAUGUGGCUCGGCCCCGGCAGAGGGGAACAGCGGUGACUUGACUGCGUCGCACACCUUCCUUCAUGCUCCCCAGAUGAUGAUGCUGCUGCUGCUGCUGCUGGUUGUGUUGGCGCCAGAUAACCAGCGAAGCCUCUUAUCUGUGCGGACGGUCCAGGUCACGCCCGGUGCAUGGGGCAUGCUGUGCUGGCUCAGCUUUACAGUGCCACACUUCCACUGGACCAAACUAUUCACACAAGCAGAAGCUGCUUUUUUGGAGUUAACUUUUAAAUUUUUUUUUUUUUAUUUAAAGUAAGGGAAUUAUUGGUGUAUUUAUUUUGUUUCUUUUUAAAACAAACUCUUGAGGUAAAUUUGGUUUUAUUUUAUUGAAUCCCCUCACCGUUCGCCUUUUUAAGUUCAGCUACCGACAUUCACUCUCCCUCAAAUGUUUUGUCAUUCCCGCCUCCUCGCUGCACUCCCGUCUGUCUCGUGGGAUUUAAAACAAAAAGGAAGAAAAAAACAAAUCUUGCAGCUGCCUCCAUGUCUUGCUUCAAGUUUUAGCAAUGGGUCUGUCCACCUACUUCCCCAGUGCAUCGACACUCCUGUCUGUGGCUCUUGAGUCGGCAAGUGCCUGUUAGAGUGAGACACCUGUGAGCAUUGUCUGUAAGCUUGUCAGUAGCUGUGGGAGUUGAGCUGGCUCUCAGGGAUCUAAUGUCAUUUGGGGGCUUUGUUUAUUUUAUUUUUUUCUCAAUUUGAUGGGUGAUUUAGUGACAGCAGACCCCGACACUGAGACGUCUCCUCCUGGUCUUUUUUUUUUUUUUUUUUUUUUUUGCAAUAGUAUUCCUGCCUUAAAUGCGAGGUGGCAGAUUUUGGUCAAAGGACCGCAGCAGCUUUCAUCGGUCGCCGUUCCUCCACCCUCAGACCGAUGCUGUGCAGAAAGACCACGCGGUCUUGGAUGUGAAUCUUCACCUGUUUACGGUUAUUGCGACGUUAUUUUGAUGACUGAAACCACGCGCCUGUGAUCAUGGAUGCUUUCAUCACUUCCUUUGUCAGGGACGUUUGUUUGAACUUUAUUUAUGAGGAUGAAGUGCUGAGGUUGUUUUUUUUUUUUUUUUUUUUUUUUUUUUUUUUUUCUCUGCCCCUAGUUCUGCUGUAAACUUGUCAGUGUUAUCCUGCUGCUUCUUUCUCCCCUCUUGCUUUUGAUCGCCCUGCUUCUCCGGCUCCUUGUUCAUGAGUGCAGGGUGGUUUUGUUUGCCCCUCUCGAAUCACCAGGGAUGACCGUAGAUGUUUCUUGCCUUCCGAUCGGGGAGAAAGCAGUGGAGACGGUGUUCUUGCACCAGGAGGAUGUCAUGGCUCUUUCUACGUGAAAGAGAUUUAUUUUUUUUUUGCGGCAGACUUGUGUUUUUGUCUGUGUGUGUUCAUUUGCAUGUGAGUAUGAAGGAAUGCCUGUGGAAGUAAAAAAAACAAAAAAACAAAACAAAAGUGGGGCUAAAAUCGUGGCACUAUUUUCCUUUUUUGUGAAAUAGUUAAUGCAAAAGAGCUUCUUGUCGCCUUUGAUCCUGACGACUUUGAUAGUUACAGUCAUACUAUUUCAUUUUCAGCACUUUUACCUCACUUGAGAUUUUCCUUUGAAAUGGAAAUGUACAUCAGGAAAAUGUGCUUAAAUAAUUAAGAAUAAAGAUUUGAAAUGCAUCCUGUUGCACUGACUCUUUUGUUCCCUUCAGCUGACUUCAGGAAUCACGUGUCGGGGGGUCAUUUGAUGUGACCCGAUUCAAAGUGCAGUAGUUGAAAAUGAGAGUCAAUGCUGCGUCUGUUCUGCACUGCAACUUCCAACCUCAGAAAGGUUGGAUGCAGUUGAAAUAAGUCAUGACGGAGUUUAUAACUUGCAGUUGAAAAGUAUUCUGCUUUGAAAGUAGAUUCAAGUGCGAUGCCAAAAUA